GGACAGAUGUAAUAGGAUAGGGGGUGGGGUUUAGGGGACAGGGAAAGGGAGGUGCUGAAUUGCAUUCUGUUGCAGUAAUGCCCAUAAGCUCCAGUGACCCCUCCUCUGUAUUUAUUCAAGCUUCAGUCUGCAUUUGCUGACUAAAUCGUGUGCUCAGACAAGGACUCACUGAAGACAGAACCUGUGAAUAUUAGUCUGAUUUUUAGAGGGGAGAAAAAGAUCUUCCAUCCUGUCUGAGGACAGGCAGUUUGCGGGGCCCGAGCCUCCCCAGGAUCUAACCUCAAGCCUGGAGGAGAGCAGCAGUGGUUCGGGCCGCUGGCAAACCGCUGGUCUGGCUGAGUCCUGGGCGUCUGUUAGCGACAUGGAGCCAGAGCUUGGAAGUCUAGAAACCAGUGAGAUGGUUCUAGUUCAAGAGGACCACAGCGAGAACCACUCCUCCACCUCUGACAUCAUCCACUUAGAGGCGGAGCUCCACGAGAGGGUGGAGUCAGGUGAUGAAGAGGACCUUCAGAGCAGCAUGCUGAGCAUGAUCGGCAGCGAUAGGGAGUUGGCAGAGAUUGGAGCACAUGUCACAUCUGCUGCAGAAUCAGAUCUCAAGCCUCCACAGACGGGGGAACUUCUGAUAUGUGUGGAGGAGCCAGUUGUGGAGGAAAUUGAGACAGAGGUGGAUUCUGAGCCAGUUUUCACUCACACUCCUCUUCUGUCCGAGCCGUCAGAUUUCACACUGGCUUCUGUUCCCAUACCUGAAAUCAUCUCACAGGUUUUAGAUCAUCUCCCACCCUCUGAAAUCACACUGUCAGAGGAAUCUCAUACUAAUACGCCUAGCGUGUCUCAAGACCACACAACGUCAUCUUCAGAAGAGGUUGUUUCAAAGGCAGGCCCGCUUUCCACCUCGCUCUUUGAACUCCCAGUGCUGCUAGUAGGUGGCGCCGCCCUGGUGGCGGUAGUGGGAGUGCUUGCAUAUAGGCAUACCUUGAGUAGAAAGUAGCAGGACUGUAUAUCUCUUUAAUAACUUCAACAUUGUACAACAAUUCAACAAACUGUAUUAUUGAUUAUGUGAUAUAAAAAUACAGUGUUAUUAAAUAUUA